CGGGGAUGAAAUCCCUGUUGGAUCUUGCUGUGCUGGAGGCUUCUGGCUCAGCUCCCAGCCCUUGGGAUAGUUGCUGCGGUGGGACGUGCCUGGCCGCGCAUCGCCAGUGCACAGUGAGCGGUCCCGGUGUGUGUCGGUCUCUCUCUGCGCUGGGGCACCGAAUCCCUCUACUCACCCCCACCCCCCCCGGGGGUCGGAGCCGGGAGCCUUACUGUAACAGGUACGUCUGUAAUGGCUGCCAUGUUGAGUUGGGGCCUCGGUGGGGUAAGUACACACAUAUGGAAGUUCAGGCUGGCUCACUCCUGGAGCCCCUCCAUCUCCCUCGGGAAGAGGCUGGCCAUUUCACCCCAGGACCACCCCUCGUACUGGGGGAGGGAGACCGGGAGCGGGCACCUGGGAUUGUUCCUCCGACCUGGCACACAUCCCGGACAGAUGGAGGGUCACUCACCCCCUGGAGGGUCGUGGAGCUGCCUGUCCUCGGCCCAGUGCCCCCCCAGCAAGCGGCAGGGGGCAUAUAUUGGGCACCCCCCUGCCAGGGGAGGUGCCAGACUCGCUCUUGGCAAGAAUGGUAGAGGGAGCUUCCUCCGUCAUAACUCCACCGCUGUCCACAAUCUGACCACCCAGGACCUACAGAAGGCGAGUGGGAAGAAACUGACCAGUCAAGCUCCACGGCAGAAGCUGAACGAGCGAGCCCGCGAGCUCAAAGUGCCAACAAGCCAACUGGGACGUCUCGCCAACUUUGGAGGCUUGGCGAUCAGAGUUGGGCUCGGGACGUUGCUGGAAGCCACAAGGAAGACGUUGAGGGUGGGGAACUGGUCACGGGAUGGUGUUUUGUUGGACUCUAGCGUGGUUUUGUCGGAGGGCAAUGCUGAGAGGAUUGUGAGCACUUUGUGUAAAGUGCGAGGUGCUGCUCUGAAACUGGGUCAGAUGCUCAGUAUUCAAGAUGAAGCUUUCAUGAAUCCAGCCUUACAGAAGAUAUUCGAACGGGUACGACAUGGGGCAGAUUUUAUGCCCAGCAGGCAGAUGCUGAAAACACUGAAGAGUGAGCUGGGCUCGGACUGGCGAGCUAGGCUGGAGUACUUUGAGGAACAGCCGUUUGCAGCUGCCUCCAUCGGGCAGGUUCACCUCGGGAGGCUGCAGGAUGGUCGGGAAGUGGCCAUGAAGAUCCAGUAUCCUGGAGUUGACCAGAGCAUCGAUAGUGAUCUCCGAAACCUGACUGCCCUUCUCAACAUGAGCAAUGCUCUCCCUGCAGGACUGUUCGCAGAACAUGUCAUCGCGGUGAUCAGCCGGGAGUUAGCGCUCGAGUGUGAUUACCAAAGGGAAGCUGCCUGUGCCAUCAGGUUCAAGGAGCUUCUGGUGGACGAACCCUAUUUUAAUGUUCCAUCUGUUAUCGAGGAGCUCAGCAGCAGGAGAGUCCUGACCACUGAGCUGGUCCCUGGCUUCCCCCUCGAUAAGGCCGAAUCGCUGGACCAAGAGACCAGGAAUGAGAUCUGUGCCAACAUCCUGAGGCUGUGCCUGCGAGAGCUGUUUGAAUUCCGAUACAUGCAGACUGAUCCCAAUUGGUCUAACUUCUUCUUUGACCCAGAUAGCCGCAAGAGAAGGCAGUGCAGGGUCAUUGAUGAUGGACUAUUUUUAAAGUGUCAGUGGGGAGAUGGUGGACUGACAAAGCAGUUGAGAAAGGUUUACGGUGGAACACCAGAGAGUGGAGUAAAGGUCCAAAUUCGCCAUUGGCCUCAUUGGUCACGCCCAAAGAGCCAGAUUUGUCCAAGGGAUGUAGGACCAGCUGGUUUCCCGGCAGUCCUGAGGAUGGAGUGUGAAAGAUCUCUCCAAAGUUCCGUGCUUGACGUGAUUCCCGAUCAGCGAAGAUCAGACUCUCCUGGAAAUCCCCCAAAACGCCUCGGAAAGCAGACGCCGGCGAAAGUUGGUGCGGCCAAGAUUGUGAAAGGUUUUUCCUAA